GAUUCUGGUCCAGAAAAAGCCCAUCCAACCCAAGCCGAAAAAACCCAAUAAUCUAGGGUUUUUGGUUUUGCCAUUCUAUUAAAUCUCUGUACAAAGCGACCAAGAGAGUUCCGUUCCAAGCCGCUGUCAGCUGAACGAGGGAGAGGGAUCUUCCGGCACUGUGAAUCAUGAAGCAUAACAAUGUUGUGCCUAAUGGGCACUUUAAAAAGCACUGGCAAAACUAUGUUAAGACGUGGUUUAACCAACCUGCUCGAAAAACAAGGAGACGUAUUGCUCGCCAAAAGAAAGCUGUGAAGAUCUUUCCCCGGCCCACAGCAGGACCUCUCCGCCCAAUUGUUCAUGGACAGACUUUGAAGUAUAAUAUGAAAUUGAGGGCUGGUCGAGGCUUCUCUCUUGAAGAGCUCAAGGCUGCUGGUAUUCCGAAGAAACUUGCCCCUACAAUUGGAAUAGCUGUUGAUCAUAGGAGAAAGAACCGUUCACUGGAGGGCCUACAAGCCAAUGUUCAGAGGCUGAAGACUUACAAGGCCAAGUUGGUCGUCUUCCCAAGACAUGCCCGCAAGUUUAAGGCUGGUGAUUCUGCUCCUGAGGAGUUGGCAACAGCAACCCAAGUCCAAGGAGAAGUCAUGCCUAUUGUACGUGAGCAGCCUUCAGUAGAGCUUGUGAAGGUCACUGAGGAGAUGAAAUCAUUCAAGGCAUAUGACAAGCUGCGUCUUGAGCGGAUGAACAAGCGCCAUGCUGGUGCCCGAAUGAAGAAGGCUGCAGAGGCUGAGAAAGAAGAAAAGAAGUAGGAAAUUUGAUGUAUUCAAGUGUUUGAUGUUAGACUAUAUUUUGCAAUUUUCGCCUGAUUUUGUUUCCUGGAAUUGUCUCAAGCUAUUAGCAUUCAGCUUUACAAUGUUGCUCGAGUAUUUGGUAUGGUUGGAUUUUUCACCAAUUUUGUUUCUCAGUCCUUGGUUGAAUUGAGUAGAUUUUCUUUACA